GUCCUGUUAGCUACCUGUCCAAUCCAUCCACCCGUCCGUAGCAAUGCUCCAAAGACUCGACGCACACAUCGCUACAGCCAACGAGGCCCUCGAUUCCCUCGCCCGAGAUGGAGGCAUCGUCCUCUGCAACCUCAUCCCCCCGGAUAUCCUCUCGCAGAUAUCCACCGAUCUAACCCCCCAUUUCUCCUCCUUCUGGGAGAGCGACUCCCUCUUCAGCACCAAAAGCCGGGUAGUCUCCAGUAUCGCAGCCAAAUCUCCUUCCUUUAUCACCAACAUCGCCUGCAAUCCUCUUUUCCUCGAGAUCUGCGACCACCUCCUCACCUCCACAUACACCUGCUGGUACGGCACCGAAAGCCAGGAGAUUUUUACCUCCAAGCCACAGCUCAACGCCGCUAUCGCCAUUUCCAACCACCCCGGGAACGAGCCCCAGAAGCUCCACCGCGACGACAUGGGCCUGCAUCAUCGACUCCCUGCCAUUAGCGCGCAGGAAUACCAGCCCGGCAGGGAUGCGGCCGUGGGGAUCUUCGUUGCGGCUACGCAGACAAACCAGAAGAACGGUGCUACACGGUUCAUUCCCGGUUCACAUCUCUGGGAUACCGAGAGGAGGCCAGACGAGGGGAUGGCGGUUCCUGUGGGGUUGGAGCCGGGCGAUGCGUUUGUGAUGCUCGCAUCGUGUUUUCACGGCGGAUCGGCGAAUCGGUCGGACAGAGAAAGGACGAUCUAUUCGGCGUUCUAUACCAAGGGGUACUUGAGACAGGAAGAGAACCAGUAUCUUACCCUGAGUAAGGAGCAGCUGGCCCAGUACUCACCUGAGGUUAUGCAGCGCCUUGGAUUCGCGGCCAGUGAGCCCUUUCAUGGAUGGGUGGACUUGAAAGAUCCCAGGGAGGCACUUGGACUUGGAAAUUGA